AUGUCAAGGCCAAUUCACGUACGGUAUGCCCGACAGGAUGAACUCCCUGCCAUGGCGCAGCUCUCAAUCACAGCGUUCCGGCAAAGUGGGCGCGAGGUCAACGCAGCACUCUUCCCUGAACACCUGCGUGUCAACCCUGGGGAUGCCGAUGAGAUCGAAUUCUCGGUCAAAAACAUGGCUCGCACAUUCGACAAUAAAAAUCGUCACUAUGUCGUGGCUGUGGAUGAGCAAGAUACCAUUAUGGGCUGGGCGGAAUGGACCAGUGGGGAUGACCCCGUGGUUGAGAUGACACCUGACGAGCGCGAGAAGAAGAGAUCCGAAGGCAUCGCUCGUUUACCUAAGAGCUUCGACCUGCAGGCGGCAGAGAGGCUUGGGCGUGAGGCUGACGAGUUAUCGAAAAGGCUGAAAGAAGCUCUGGGGGAGGAGCAAUACCAAAAUUCCUGGAGUCUCAACUCUGUUGCUGUAGAUCCGACGCAUCAACGCAAGGGUGUAGGAAAAUUGUUGACUGGUUGGGGAUUGGAGCAGGCUGCAGAGGAGAACAAGGCUGUGCAUUUUCUGUCAAGCCCAUCCGGUGCCCAGCUGUAUCGUGCAAUGGGAUUUGAAGAAGUUGGAUCUGGUAACAUAUUAGGGAGUGUUGAAUAUGCGUUCAUCAAGAGAGCUUCCGGGUAA